AGCAUAUUAAAACGAUUUCAUAUUGUUGACAAUUUGCAUGGCACGGUGCACGUGAGCUAGCUGUUUCUGAUAUAAAGUGAUACUGAAAUAGCCGAUCAGAUAUUUCUUGCCAAGCAAGUUAACAAACACAUUCCAUCUUUCAAAUCCUGUGACAUUAAUCCGCCGAAAUAAUGGCCACAGUAUUGAGAGUUCGUCGCAAACGAAUCAACGACCCUGCCGAAUCGCUCGUGUUUUCGUGCAGCAAGAAAGCCCGCACGGCGGACGGGGAAUCGGCGCCCGGGACCGGCGGUGGGUCUGCCGCGGCAAGCAAGACAUCGACCACGGGGGGUGAAUCGGGGGAUGAUGUGAAAAAGGUGUUCAAAUUCGCUGGAACAGUGGGGAAAAAGGACGAGCCAAUAGCCCAACAGAUCGAAGAAGCUAUCAAGAAAGGCACGCAGCACCCCGCCAUCACAUCCUCCAAACCCACCAAAUCCUCCACCAAGUCGUCAAAAUCCUCCAAAUCCUCCAAAUCCAAGUCCAAAUCUCGCGAGAAAGCCCGCAGCAUCCAACAGAAGUCCUCGCAGACGCGUCGCUUCCAGGUCCUUUCCAGUUUCCGAGGGAUCGACCUGAACGAACUGGACACCGCGUCCCAGAACCCAGCGCCCAAAAAGGCUGCUCCCGUUAAGAGGACGCCGUCAAAGUUGAAACUGUGGAACCGGAUGAGGAAGUCCUCACAGACUUCGGAAACGCCUGCUGAGGAUGAAGCAAAGAAACUGUUUUGUUUGUAUGAUGUUACGCAGGAGGACGGCGUGGCAACAACCAAUGGCCAAUCACAGGCAAAAUGUAAAUCACCGGACAAGAAAUCCCCGCCCGCCAACCCCGACGUCAUUCUCUGCAAUUCCGUUCAGAUGGUCCGAGAAAAACUUGUCAUCGACGACAAGACGAAGGAAACGGACUACGUCUACGAUCUGUACUACAUCGAGGAGGGGCCCGUGGACCUGAACGGGGCCUUGUCUAUGGGCGAGGCCGAGCAAGAGCUCAUCAUGGAGUACUUUGUGUCGCAGGAGGAGGAACUGGAAGAGACAUAUGAAGACGACAGCGAUAGCAACGAUGAAGGAAAUUGGAGGAAUGAUUACCCCGAGGAUGAACCAGAUAAAAGGCACCCUGACUUGUUUGAUGAGCUGAUUGAUGAUUACUGCUACGGGGAGGGCCAGUCCAGCGACGAGGACUUUGGCCAGUACUCGGACAUCAAGAAGAAAACGGGCAAGCGAGUGCUGAAUUACAACGCCUACGGUGGGAGUGAUGACGAUCUGGGAUGUUACUCUUGAGCAGAGUACCGAGCAAGCUGCCACGAUUGGUGUUAAAGUACUUUGGUUUGAAUUGGUUACCAUCUUAACUGGUAAACUACAGUUACACAUUUUUGUCCCUAAUAUUUUUCCCCCAUACAAAACAGGUACAUGUAUCUCUCAAAACAGCUUAUUACCUUGCAAUGUAUCAAAACUUUCAUAAUAAAAGUAACCUCGUGAUCUGAAGGGAUAUAAUGUAGAUAACUUCACUAGCAGAAGCAUGCAGAUGUAUAGCGGAUGAUCAAUUGCAUUCUUGUGUUGGUAAAGGCGUCAUCCCUGCCUACUCUACUACUAAUUAGUGUUGCAGAAAAUUUCAGAGCAUUGUAGUGUAUAUGACUUCAAGCUUUGCAUGGGGGAUGAGAUCAAUUAUAUGGAUUUGGCGGGUAACACCAUGUGGAAAGAAAUAUCUUCUUGGAAGAAGUGUGGUUCUGAAAAGAACCGGUUGGUUGAGUGUAGAACUUGACGUUUUGGACAGUGUGCUCUGUCCGUCCUCAGGAGGGUGAGGAAGAGAUUUCUUUCCACGUGGUGUUACCCGCAAACUUUGUAAUUUAGCAUUGUAGUGAACGCCAGCCUCCCCAGUCAUAUGUCCCCUGCCCCCCCAAAAAAGCAGGAAAAAUCCCCAAAUAGUCAAAAAUAAAUAGCAUUAAUUGCUGUACUCACAAAUUCAAUACCAUCUGCUCAACACUUUCAAAUUUCACUGAAUUCAUGAAAUGUUCGUAGUAUAAAAAAAAAUUAUAGUAACUAUUAUAUCCUUCAACAUCUGAAAAUAACAAUCAUGUUCUGAAUGCCAAUUUGUAUAACUGCGAACCUCUUACAUGUACUUCUUAAAUGUUCAAACGUAGAGUAUCCACGUAUUUUAAGCGAUAUAUUCUGUCCACAAUGAAACUUGAAGGUCUGCAUGCUGAAAGUGAUAAACUUUUCCAGUUGUGUUUUGUAAAUAAAGAUUUUGUUAACUUUUACUCAGUAUACAUUUCAGUCAUCAAAUUCUUCAAAGAAAGUUAAUUUUUCUUUCUGUUCUGGGUAUUUUUUUGUGGGACAUUCGAAGAAAUAAACAUGCCAAAUGUAACAUUAAAUACUCUUCUGUUUUUGUUGUUACAAAUGAUAACGACUUUUGUACACUAUAUCAUAUGACCUGUAGAUACAUGUAACGUGCUUAAAGCUUAUCUUCUAACCUUUUUAAACAGAUAGAAAUUCUUAAUAUUACAACAGUAUAAUUAUAAGAAGUUUAAUAAAAACGGCGGCUCUACAGCAAAAUAAAAUAUCAGACAUCAGAGUUCACUUUAUAAUAAAGAGCCAUUGGCAGUACGUUUGGAAUUGUCAGGUUUGAUAAUUAGCUUACACGUUGGAGCCUAAUGCAGAUAAUUUCUUAGCGAGACGGUGUUAAUUGGUGUGAGCGACUAAUUAGCAAUUAGGGACACAGUGUGAUUGCUUAUUUCACUUGUUAAUUGACAAAUCACUGAGCAACGAUUACUUUCGUAAGAAUCUUUCGCUUGAUUAAAAAAAAAAUGAUAAUUACGGACAGGUUUGAAAGAAAACACUUCAAAGCUGACUCAAUUAUAUCAGCGCAGUUGGUCUAUGCUGGACUCAAAACGUGCAAAGCACAGCCAUUCUCAAGAGGAAAUGUUGGCAAAAAAUCGUGUUUGCCGUACCAGUCUUGGCAGCCUAUAGACAUUAUCAUGUUGCGGCCAUCUUGAUUUUUUCUCAUUCAAAUCAACGUAACCAAAACAAGGCUGGAAGGAAAAUAGUCUGGUUCCUUUUUGCACAAAACAAAAUUCAUUCAGUACUGUUAUUGGAUACAGGGAACAUGACUGAAAUGGUGGCAGCAUGAUAAAGGUCUAUAUGUUCACAUCUUACGUUUAAGAAACUGUUUCAUUAGUAACUUGAGUAAAUUCCACCUAAAGACUGAUUUUGUUGACUUAAUGUGAAGAAGUUGACAGUAGAGUGUUAGAUUGGUAUUCUAGAGAUCACAGGUUCAAUUCUGUCUUCUGGGAAACCCUUUAGUUUGACUAAAUGAUUCAUGAAAGUUUACGCAUGUUUAAAUGGCACUUGCUUAAAAAAUUGGUUUUUAUUGUCAAAUGACAAAAACCACAUAACAUGUUGUAUGUACAAAGUCACAUUCAUUUCCAACGACAUUUCUCAGUACUUCCUUUCCUUAAGUGCUCUGUAAAACUGUUGAGUUGUGUGAUGACAGUACUGUAUAAAUAUGAAGUCAAAAAUUGUAAUAUUUCAAAUAAGAAAUUGGAUGCAAACGUUUGGACAGAGAUUCCACUUUAUUUUGUUAUCUUGGAAGAGUGACUGAUUUUGUAGGAAAAAAAGGUUGCACCCCUGUAUUAAGGAGAUGAUAUUUUUCUGCACGAAUGUAAAAAGAAUUUAGUGAACCUUUGUCUUCUUUGCAAUUUGGUAUAUUCCUACUCGUCAAAAUUUUAGUUAGUAUCAAGUUCAGUGGGGUUGAAAUUUUGCCACAUUUUGCUUUCUUUAUUGAUAUUCAUGUGAAAAUGUGCAAUACUUGUAUUUUAAAUUUGGAAAGCCAAUUUUGAAGUAGCGAGAAAAAUUUGUUGACUCUUGACAGAGGUUGUAGACAAUCCCAUUAAACUACUCGUAUUUUAUCUGUUACACAUUAAAAUUAAAGAUUGUAAAAAAAGAAAUCUGAUUAAACGUUGGUUGAUUGUUGAACUAAACCAUUGGUUGUUAAGACACAGAUAUUGUUUUUGAAAAGAGAAUGAUUGGAGUUUGGAAUUUUGAACAGUUGAGGGUGCUUUUCUGUAGAGGUUUUGGGAAAUACAUGCACAUGUAUGUAAACAUGAUGGCUAGAUAAGGUGCAUUAUUUGCCUUUUUACCAAGAUACUGUGUGGUUUAUGUUUGAAAGCUAUUCUUAAAGCAAGUUUAAAUUAAAUUAAAAUGAUUGCUUUAACCAUCCCCUCCCAAUAUAAUAAUGGUGCCAUCCAAACUAUGGCGUAAGCUCUUGUUGGCACUGGAUAUUUUGCAAAUUUUAUGAGUAAAUUUAAGAACGUUGAGUUUGCAGAAAUGAUAACAUUACACAGUGAUAUGGAGAGCUUUGUAAACAUUUAUCUUUUCGUCCCUACGAUAUGAGGCUUAUAUUAUUACAAGUAAACCAAGACACGAAGCCUCUUUAUUCAUAUUUGCUAUUAGGUAGAUUGUUAAAUUAUAAUAAAAUUCAUUCCAGAUAUUGUAUUGAAUUAUAUACAAGUUAUUUUUCAUCGUCUGUAGUGAGCAUGUUGCAUCCAGUUAUUAAUUAAUUGAUUUUUGAAUAGAGUGCUAUGUUAUCUGUAGUAACCUUUUGUUAUGAUUUUGUUUGCCAAGACAUUAAGAAUGAUGAAACUGUAUUGGAAAUAUUUAGAGCAGUAAAAUAUAGAAUUAAGAAUUAGUUGUAUUGUUUUGUUUUUAAGUACCGGUAAUUUUUCUUUGCCGCAGAGCCAUCUAAAGCCUUGUAAAUAUAUUUGUUUUUCUUGCCUUGAUCACUAGUGUUAUUAUCACUUUUUUGGCAUCAAUGUACGAAAUCAUGUAAACUUAGUGAAUGCUCAGUGUAAUUAUAAAGUAAAUUUUUUUUUGUGUUUUGCUGCGAAUGUUUUAAAAGAGUUUUUGACAUUUAAAAGUACAAUAGACCAUUAUCAUGUUGCGGCCAUCUUUAUUUUUGUCCCAUUCAAAUCAACAUAUUCAAAGCGAGGCUGGAAGAAAAAUAGUCUGGUUCCUUUUUGCACAAAAAAAAACAUCAUUCAGUACUGUCAUUGAAUACAGGGGACAUGACUGAAAUGGUGGCAGCAUGAUAAAGGUCUAUAAAAAGUAUUUUUAGUUGAUUGGGAGUUUUGUUCAAAAGCUGCAAAUUAGCCCUACAUUGGGGUUUUUUCUUUCUUUUUGGUUUUGAAAAAAAAAACUGCGUAAAAUCUAGGAAAUUAAAGGGAAAAAACAGUGCAUGUUCAACAGUAUUAGUAUUACAAAAAAAAAGUUUGCUUAGAUGUUUAAAACUGUUGUAUUCUUUAAGCUUCUAUCAUCUAAUUGCUGAUUUUUUUUCAUGUAAAGAAGAAAAUGCUUUAAUAUUACAGACUUUUUCUUAUUAAAUUUUAUUCAUAUUGCGAAGGGAAAUUAUUUUGAAGAAAGUACUGUUUUUGUAUCUGGAUUUUUUUUUCGACGAGGAGUAUGAAAUAAAGUUGGUGUUUUUCGUAAUAAAAUCGGA